GGGAUGGAGAAUGCCGGUGCGCUCAAACCAACGCCUGUCAGCUACGGAGAGCUGUUGAACAUCUCCACCAACUACACCCGGGCCAAUUUCACGUCGAAAGAGGAAGAGGAGGACAGGAACGUGGCUUUCCAGGCGGGUCUAGGCGCGACUUUGGCGCUCAUAACUUUGGCCACGACGCUUUCAAACGCGUUCGUCAUCGCUACCAUUUACCAAUCCCGAAAACUACACACCCCGGCGAACUUUCUGAUCGCCUCCCUGGCUGUCACGGACCUCCUGGUGUCCAUUUUGGUGAUGCCCAUCAGCGCGCUGUACACGGUCAGCCAAACGUGGACUUUGGGGCAGGUGAUGUGCGACAUCUGGCUGUCCUCGGAUAUAACCUGCUGCACCGCGUCCAUCCUGCACCUGUGCGUAAUCGCGCUGGACCGCUACUGGGCCAUCACGGACGCCGUGGAGUACUCCAAGAAGCGCACGAUGGGGCGCGCCGCCGGGAUGAUCGCCACCGCCUGGGUGAUCGCCAUCUCCAUCUCGCUGCCGCCGUUCUUCUGGCGCCAGGUGAAGGCGGAGGAGAUGACGAGCUGCAACGUGAACACGGAACACAUUUUCUACACCAUCUACUCCACGUUCGGUGCGUUCUACAUCCCCACGCUGCUGCUCAUCGCGCUGUACGGGCGGAUCUACGUGGAGGCGCGCAAACGCAUCCUGAAGCAGGCGCACAGGAAGCCAGGGAAGAGGCUCACCUCCGCGCAUCUCAUCACCGACUCUCCCGGCUCCGUGGCGUCCACGACCUCGCUCAACUACGGCACGAACGACGCCUCCUCCUCGUGCGACGCCACGUCGUGCCACGCGCACGCGAACCAAGUCAAAGUGACCGUGUCCGACGCGCUGCUGGAGAAGAAGCGCAUCUCCGCCGCCAGGGAGAGGAAGGCGACCAAAACUUUGGGAAUAAUCCUGGGAGCGUACAUCAUAUGCUGGCUGCCGUUUUUCAUUUACACUCUCCUCGUGCCUGUGUGCGAGGCCUGCUUCCACCCGGAGCUAUUUGACAUUUUCACGUGGCUGGGUUACCUCAACUCUUUAAUCAACCCCAUCAUUUACACCAUGUCCAACGAGGACUUCAAGCAGGCUUUCCACAAACUGAUACGGUUUAGAUGCUGCAGGGCGUGA